GGGUGGCUGCCCGCGCAUCUACUUCAACCCAUCCGGCUGUUUACAGAUCUGUGAAAAGCGCAGGUGUCCCUUGUUGUGACUCUCCCGGAUGUGCGCCGAGAGAAGAGAAGAGGAAGGGAAGCCGCGCACCGGUAGAUUCCGAAACUAUUUCCCGCGAGAUGGACGUUCAGCACGAACUACAAGGGAGGGAACUACAUGUUGUUUGUUUUUAGCUUGCUGUAGUUUCAUUAAACACGACAUAAACUUCCAGAUGUAUCUCCAGAUGUGUCUCCAGAUGUGUGAGUCGGUGUUGCUUCCAUGGUAACCAUUUAAGCUGUUAUUAGUGAGCGGGCUGCUGUAAUGUAUCCCGAGGGCCCAUUAACACACACACACGUUAGCACCAUGGACAGAGAGUGUGUGUCGCUGCUGCCCGGUGUGUGUGAGGUGCUGGCGGACUCGGGGAGCUCUCUGCCCGAUGACACCAGCCUGGAGAAGCUGUUGGACUGGUUCACAGGGCUCACCAAAGCUGGGGGAUCUCUGCUGGAGGCGUGCCCGUGUCUGCUUGAAUUCAUAUCCGCUGUGGUUCACAACACAGCCUCAGACCCCGGCGUUCUCUCCUUCACUCUCAAACUCACCGGCUUUAUGGCUUCCACUGAGAACGGCUUCAAAAUGCUUCAGGAAUGCGACGUUCUGGACCUGGUCUUCAACCUUAAGCGCUGGCAAGAAGCAAGACUCUGGGAGGAUCCUUGUUUAAGGAUUGGCUGGAUCCAGGGCUUAAAGAACUUGCUGCAGCACCCAAAGGCUCUCAGUUUCUUUGUAAAAUCAGAUUUUAUUGAACCGCUCCUGCAGCUCCAGACAGACACGAGUCUAUUCGUGGCCUCAGCUGCCAAUCAAAUGCUCGCCCACAUCCUGCUCUUCUUCCAGCCAGUCUUGUCUGCGGGAUGUAACGGCGUAGAUGAGAAAGAAGAGGAAGAUGGGAGGACGCAAACCUCCACCAGAGACUUAGAACAUCCAGCCGUCACCAUGGACACCGCUGCAGAGUACUCUCCUGUUGUCUCGGCAAUCUCAGAGUACCUCAAGGAGUCCUUGGUUCCCAAAGAAAGCACACAGCUCCAUCAGAGUCUGCAGAUCCUCAAACUGCUGACCCUGCUUCUGGCCCAGGCCGGCCCUCCUCUCCGGGACAAGCUGCUCCAGGCAGUCUCAGAUUCUUUGGAGGAACUGGUGACAGCAGGCUGCAGUCAGCUCACACUGCCGCUGAUGGACGUCAUUCUAGCUGCACACAGCUCUGGCACUGAUGGACGCGUCCCACACCAACGUGUCACCCGUCUGCUAUCAUCCAUGUUGAACAUUAACAGACCCUCUGACCUCAUUCCUGCUGCAGCUGCUUGUCUUCGCAGAGGUCACCAUGAUACCGUCCACACAGCCCGGGUUGUGAAGAUACUGCUGUUACCCCUUGACAUUAUAACUGGUCAGCCUCUACUGGGCGCGGACACCACUGCAGGCGAGCAUCGGUUUUCCGUGUCGGAGCUGCUGAAGAGAAAAACCUCCUGCAUCUCUGUGAUCUGUGUCUGUCUGACAAACACACCACAGAUCACACUCACGCCUCCCGAGGACCUCCCCUGUCCUCCAGCUGCAAUUGUCACCGCAGUUCUGUCAUUGUUAAGGAUCUGCAGUGGCGUCUCCUCCUCCUCAUCCUCCUCAUCCUCCUCAUCCACUGGUUGUAGUGGGGUCUGCAGGAAUGUAAUCGGCAGUGGAAAAGUUCAGAAAUGUGCUUUAGAGGCUCUAGCAGCUCUCAGCAGCAGCUCAGGAGCGAAGGAGAAGAUCAGUGAAGUGUUCACAGUUCUGAUACAAUAUCUGGUCAAUCCUGAUUCUGACCCGACUGUACUCCACAAGUCCUACCAGGCCUUAGUAAAGUGGAUGAGUGUGUGCACAGAUCUUUCUCUUAUAACAGACCCACUCAGACAAGAUCUCGUGACGGUGGUGAAGAAGCGUGUGUGUGACAUGCGUUGGGAGGUGAGGGACUCAACGGUGGAGUUUCUGGGACACCUGGCAGGAGUGCGUAAAUCAGCUGAGGACACAUGCGACGCAUCUGAGGCGCUGCUGGGCGGCUGCUGUACGGCUCCUCUCCUGAAGGAGGCGCUUCAGGACACAGAGAGUUACGUGAGAGCCAGCGCCAUCUCUGCACUGGCAAAGACACUGGCACACAGCUGGCAGCAGGGGGCAGCGCUCAGUCAGGAGGAGACUGAAAUAGUGAGCCGACUGCUUGAAAUUCUCUCCCAGGACACAGAGGGAUUCUCCAGGAGAGCCGUUGUACAAUACUUCAUCGCCUGGUUCUCUUCACGCCACUCACAGUCUUCGUCAUCCACCUCUCUCCUGACGCAGAGCGUACGCUCCGUCCUCUCGCACGGCAGCGCAGAUCUGGACUGGGAGGUCAAAGUUUACACGCUGGAGCUGGCCGAGCUGCUGCUGGACGAAGCCUUUUCAGGUCAACGUGGCUACAGGAGGGGCUCAGACACACACACUGCCGUAUCACACCCCUAUGGUGUAGUUUCUGACCAGCCGUACACACUUCACACUCACUCCAGUUCACACACAGAGGGUGCGGCGUCAGAUUUGGCGCGAGCGUUGAGCGAUCUGGUUGAACAGGGAGUCAUCUCAGCGCUGUUGAGUGGUCUGGUUGACUGCGAUAGACCCGUGGGCCUGAAGGCCUGUCGACUGCUGAUAACACUCAGAGAGACAGUAUGCCCUCUGUCGCUUGGGGCACUGGAUGCUGCCGCGGCAACAGUUGCCAAGGUGUCCUGUGAACUGCCUGGCUGGGGCUGGGGGAUGGAGAUCAGGAAGAUACUGGGGAUGAAGAAGAGCGAUGGGACCAGAGGGGCGGAGAUCGCAGUGAAGAGAAGUUUGAACGGAGCGGAGGAGGUUGAUUGUAAAGACUGCGGUGUGCCGGAGGAAGGAGGCGACGGCGUGAUUGUCGGCGUGUGCGAGGUGUUGACGUCUCUGGGUUUAGACGAGAGGCUGGACGUCCUGACUCAAAGCAGUGACCACAUCCACAACUCUCCCCUGUCUCUCCUGCAGGACAUUCUCACUGCGAGUGCCGCUCGCACUCAGCCACACACACAGCCAGGGCAAGAGGUCAUAGUGGACUGCUACUGAAACACACACACACACACACACACACAUACUGUGCCUUUUGUUGGUUUGAUAUCAACAACACACUCUCAACUCGGGUAGCAGGACUCGCCAAACUCUUUCUCAUAUCGCCAUGUCCUGCGAAAUCAACGAUGUCUGUCACACAUUGAUUUUAAUUCAUUGUUGUAAAUAAAUAUACGGAUUAA